UCUCAACGGAUUCCGUAGUGAAUGAGAAGAGGGGAAAAAAACAUGGCGUCGCUCUGUGGGAAGACAUUUCUGUCCUUAGGUCGAACUAAUGUUUUUGGUUUGGCAUUUAGUAAAACCACAAAUAGAGUGACAUAUGCCACGGCUUUGUCCGUAAGCUCUCCCUCUGGGAAUAAAGGCUUCCCAGAAAGAGGUGGUAGAGGAUCUGUGGGCAGAAGACCUAGGAGAGAACCUGGGGAGCCCAGGACUGAAAAGAUGCCACCGGAUCAGGACUGGACCUCGGUUUAUCCUGCAGCCACCCCCUUUAGGUCAAACGCCGUCCCCCUACCUGUGAGGAUGGGCUACCCUGUGAAGGGAGGCGUUCCACCAGAGAAGAAGGGCAACUUGGAGUUAAUAAAGAUCCCAAACUUCCUGCAUUUGACACCAGCAGCCAUCAAGAAACACUGUGAAGCUCUGAAACCUUUCUGCACAGAGUGGCCCUCAGCUUUGGACACAGAUGCCAAAUGCGACGAGCACUUUCCGAUUAAAAUCGAGAGCACAGACUACGUGUCUGCUGGCCCCUCUGUCAGGAAUCCUUCAGCUCGCGUUGUUCACCUCAAAGUAAAGUUGUCCCAUUUGAACCUGGAUGAUCAUGCACGCAAGAAAAUGCUCAAACUUGUUGGGGAGAGAUACUGCAAAGACUCAGACAUCCUCACCAUCACGACAGACAGCUGCCCUCUGAGAAAGCAGAACUAUGAAUACGCCAUGUACCUGCUAACUGUUCUGUACCAUGAAUCCUGGAAAAUCGAGGCCUGGGAGGCUGAGAAGACCGCCGCUGACAUGGAGGAGUACAGCUGGGAGGACAGCCCAUCCCAAAAGAACAUCCUGGACACGCUGCUGCGCAUGAAAGUGGCCGGAGAGGGAGAGGGAGAGGACGGCGAAGUGAGAAAGCAGCUGCUGGAAAGAGGGGAGGUGCAGGAUUAUAAGGACUCAGUUGUGAGGCUAAAGAAUGAAGGAGCAAGUGAGACCACCGUGUUGCAGUACAAGGAGGCGGUCAGGAAGGUACUCAAUGUGUGAAACCUCCGAAGGUGCAAAUGAACAUAUUCACAGGAAGAUGGUGACCGUAAGCAUUUGGGCCGCAUUGUUCUAGUACCUAAAUAAUCUCAUAUCUGAGCUUGUCAGCAAUAUUUAUUUUACUAAAAUAAAUUUGCUGUAAUAUCCGGUUAAUGAUGUGUUUUUAAUACAAAAAUAAA